UACACGCAUGAUAUUAAAUUGAUAUUAUUAACCCACAUCGUUCACUUCAAGUGUUUUUCUCAUUUCCUCAUUUACAUGCUUUAAUAUCAUGUAUUACAUAUCUUUAUUCCAUCUAACAUGGCUUUGCUGUUGCAAAACAAACUUGUUUGUCGAGAUACAUUAAGCGUGGAUAAUAAACGAUCCUGGUGAUAAAGCUUUUCUUAUUAUAGAAAAAUUCCGUUUUAUUCAGGAAGGUGGUUGCGCUUCCGCGUUGUUUUCUAUGAAAUCUCGAACGACCGCGAGACCAAUAGGACUCCGAUCAACUUUGAUCUUUCAUCAUAUCGCUCUGUCGAUUUGGCAAUUAACUUGUGCGCAUAAAUCACGAUUCGCGGCGACUAUACCAACCUACGCUAGUGCUGUUGUCCAUUUUCGCACGUUUUUGUGGUGAAUUUUUCCUUUCUUUCUCUCUCUUCUCACUGACACCUUGGAAAGUAUGCCAAGCACGUAAUUCACGCCUACAGGUGUGCGUGCGUGUUCACGGAGGUUUGGCGUUCGCGCGAACGUAUGCGGAACACGACUCGUGCGAUCGAGUCCGCAACGAAAAUGUGCUCUCACUGCAUUGAAAAUUAAAACAACCUAGCAGACGUAUCUACUGUUUCUCAAGUAUCGCCCGUACGAUGAAUGAGAACGAGGUUUGCCGGCAAAAAGCGUCAUCGUGCGAACCGUUGAACGCAUUUAAUCGGAUGCGUUUUGCUGGUGAUGAGGUGAAUAUGUACUUGUACUGCGUCUUAUUGCAAUACGAAUGAAGUUUGCGUAACCUUUGGUUGAUUGUUCAGAGGUUGUCUCGUCGCAGUUGCUCACAGAUUCUUGUGUAAUUACGUUGCGUUAGUUUAAGCUGGGAUCUUUGCUCGCAAAGCAUAGGAGGAACAAUCUGUCCUGGAGUGGUAUAAGUAGAUCGCCAAUGAACGCAUACAUUUUUUAACUUCAACGAAUCUUUAAAAGAAUCUCUCUAUCAAGAAUACAUCGAAUCAUGUUGCCAUCGUCGAAGUUGCUCCAGGACGAUCCGCCAGAGCUUGCCAACGCAACCACCACCUCCAGGACUUCAACAAACGGACCCACUACGCAGACAACGAUCACCGUCGAAGACGUUGAGAGAAACGAUGACGAUCCUCCGCCUUACAGCGCGAUUGUUCCACCGAAUCACGUCGGUUGGCCGUACAACUUUUCAGGAAAUCGGUAUUCCGCGUGCAAUGCAACAUCCUGCAGGACGGACGCGACUCCGUUGGCUGGCUUCCAACCAGGCCUGACGUCGCCAGGUUUCGAUUCCCAUCCCAGGAGAACCGACGGUCAACACGCGUCAAUCUCGGUGCCAUCAAUGCCUUGCAGGCUGUUCAUGUUCGGCUCUCGCAGAUCUUUGUUCGCGAGAGAAAGUUCCACGGAUAACAUCUCCAUAAUCAAGGAUACAGGUGGAAGGACGCGGAAAUACGGCGCCAUUUUGGUCGGUGGAGCGGUGAUCAUUUUCCUCAUGGUCUUGUCAUUACUAGUGCGGUUUAUUAUGGACAAACAUCUUUGGCGUGGCUAGCCAAGGAUUCUUGGAAGAUGAUGAUAAAACGUACAACGAUCUAGUGCGACGUAUUCUCGAUUUAGACUGAAUCUAGAGUAAGCAUUAUCACAGUGUAAUUCUUCGUCGAAUUGCAGGUGUAAUUAGAGCGUGAUUGUCGCACAAAGAAAAAAAUUCCAGUCCUGUAACUCGUGCGUCAUCUGUUGUGCAUACUUUCAUCGUUCAAUUCACCGGCUAAUAAGUGCGAUAUUUAUGCGUAUUUCUGGAAGUAACAUACGUUUAAGUCCUUUGUUUAAGGUUCAAUGUUUCCUCUUUUUAAUACACACGAUCUAUUUUCUAAUUAAAUGCGAUAUACUGCAGUUCUAAAGCAGUAUUAGAUGCGCCAUAAGACAAUCUGUAAAUAAUUACUCUCGAAUAUUUGUAUAAACUUUUCUGUACUACCUAAAUUAGAAUAUUUUGUACUAUCUGUUUUAUAUCGUAGCUUUUGUACAAUAUUUGUGGAAAUAAGAUUGACAAGUUUCGAGAA